AUAAUAAAAUCCGAAGUCCUAAACAGAAAACACUGACUGACACCUUGCUUCGCUGCCUUUUCUCUUUCCUUGCUCACUCCGGUCUACUCUCAUUAAAGCGGUUUAGGAGGCAUUGAAGGCAUCAUCACCCAUCAAUUUCAGGGAGAGAAAGAGAGGGGAAGGAAGCAACACUCCUUUUCUUUAUCUAUUCUUCUCUUCUCUUAUUAGGGUUUUGUUGUGUUUGAAAAACGAUGAUAGACUUUGCUCGUGUUCAGAAGGAGCUUCAGGAAUGCAGCAGAGACAUGGAAGCUUCUGGCAUUAAAGUGGCACCUAAAUCUGACAAUCUUGGUCGAUUAACCGGCACUAUUCCUGGUCCAAUUGGCACUCCUUAUGAAGGUGGCACUUUUCAAAUUGAUAUCACUCUCCCAGAUGGAUACCCCUUUGAGCCUCCAAAAAUGCAGUUUGCAACAAAAGUCUGGCACCCUAACAUUAGCAGUCAAAGUGGGGCAAUCUGCCUGGACAUUUUGAAGGACCAGUGGAGCCCAGCACUCACUCUAAAGACAGCACUUCUUUCUGUCCAAGCAUUACUCUCUGCUCCUGAACCCGACGACCCUCAAGAUGCUGUUGUAGCGCAACAGUAUCUUAGAGACUACCAGACCUUUGUUGGCACAGCUCGCUACUGGACAGAAACUUUUGCCAAGACCUCAUCGCUUGGGGUCGAGGAAAAGGUACAAAAACUUGUGGAGAUGGGUUUCCCUGAAGCUUUGGCGAGAGGUGCGCUAGAAUCUGUUGGUGGUGACGAGAACUUGGCUCUUGAGAAGCUUUGUUCUGGUUAAAGAGGUGAUAAAACUGCCAGUUCUGAAUAGAUGAAAUAACU